AUGUGGAAAUCAUUCAAAGGUUUCAUCAAAACAUUCGUGGAUAUUGUUAACGAUGAACGUGAGGUAAACGUAGACAACUGGCGACGACGUAACGGUUGGACAUGGCCACCGUCUGUGUUGCAAAUGCUCAGUUGGAUUGCAUUAGGUUUUCUAAUACCAAUCAGUGCAAUUCUGGUCGCUCCACUACAUCCUGUAUUUGCUCCUUUAUUCGUAAUUUUGUUUGCCAUCUGGAUCAUCGCCCUUAUAAUUGUGAUAACCAGUAUAGAUCCUGCGAUUCGAACGUUACGUCCGGGCACAAAGCCCGCUCGUUUUGACCGUAGCAAACAUUUGCACGUUAUUGAAAAUCUUUACUGCAAUAUUUGUCUAAUCACUGUGCUAUUUUUGCUUCUGGUCUCAUCCGCAUCCUUAACAGCGUUCACGAUGGCAAGUGUACUCACCGUUUUGCCGAUAUAUUUUCUCAUUAGUGGCGCUGAUAUACGCAAAAGUGGUGGAAUGCUGCUGCCAACGACCUGGUGGCAAGGCUUAUGUGCGGUUGUUGUGUUCACUGAUUCUACGUUCAACCUAUGUGCCGAUAUUGUAUUACAGGGCAACAAGGAACAACUACGUACCGGUUGA